AUGAAUCUUAUAAGGUUUAUGAACAACCGUGUUCCUCCUAACAAGAGAUACCAGCCCACAGAGUAUGAGCAUGCUGCCAACUGUGCCACGCAUGCGUUAUGGAUAAUCCCCAGCCUCCUGGGCAGCUCCGUGUUGCACUUCCAGUCGGAGGACCAAUGGGAGCGGCUGUCGGCCUGGGUGUACGGGGCGGGGCUCAGCUCGCUCUUCAUCAUCUCCACCCUCUUCCACACGGUGGCCUGGAAGAAGAGCCAUCUGCGGUCUGUGGAGCACUGUUUCCACAUGUGUGACAGGAUGGUGAUCUAUUUCUUCAUUGCUGCCUCCUACGCCCCUUGGCUGAACCUGCGGGAGCUCGGCCCAUGGGGGUGUCACAUGCGCUGGCUGGUUUGGGUCAUGGCCUCUUUUGGAACCACCUACGUCUUCUUCUUCCAUGAGAGGUACAAGAUCACAGAGUUGAUCUGCUAUACGGUGAUGGGAGUUUUUCCUGCCCUGGUCAUCCUCUCAAUGCCGGAGCAGUCGGGGUUGUGCGAGCUGCUGGUGGGCGGAGCCUGCUACUGUCUGGGGAUGGUCUUUUUUAAAAGUGAUGGCAUCGUCCCAUUCGCUCAUGCCAUUUGGCACCUGUUUGUGGCUAUGGGAGCGGCCAUACACUACUACGCCAUCUGGAAGUACCUUUAUGCCCAGCCACCCAAUCAGGUCCAGACAUCCAGAUGA